UGCUGUGAGCUCAACGCAUAGAACUGCAGAUUGGCUUCUCUUGUGUUUUUAGGCAGUGCUCUGUUGAGAAAGGCUGGGUUUGGCUCUCCUGAGCACGUUGGUGGUAUUCAUAACAGUGGUAUGUUCUUUGCAUUGCAGCCUUUGAGUGACUUCUACUUAGUAAUCCUUUCUGAGGGUUAAAUUCUGAUUCUGACGUGUUUCGGUUUCGUUGUGUUGUUAUCAGUGGCUGCAGGUUUGCUCUGACAGUCAGCGCUUCAGUGGGCAGCUCACAAAUGAGCAGGCUGAUAGAGAGAUGUGGAAAGGAAGAAGGAUGGGAAAAGCUGGGUGUGUUAUGAUGAUGACAGAACAGGACCGGGGAGGAGGAAGGUCUUGGUGUUGUAAGUUUUGCAGGAGGAGAAGAACAGUUUGGGCUUUAAGGCUUGAGAGGAGCAGCUGUCUUAGCUUCUGCAGCCUGCACAGAAUGAAGCAGGUGUAGAAAUUGUCCCCAUUGAGAAACAUGGACUGGAAUCAAAGUCUGUUUUUAUGCAGGUGAGCUCCAGAAAAGCAGUACUUAAAGAAAAAAAAGAGUUUAUAUGUAUAUAUUUACUGACUCCUCCUAAAUCCAAUUGAAGUGGUGUUUUGAAGUUUGCUAAACCACAAGUUUUUUUUUAUGUAACAAGAUAAAGUGCACUGAUAGCCUCCCCUGCACACACCCCGUCCAAUUUGUGCCUGUGGAGGCUGGUCACAGCUUUGGGACCUGUUCCAGCCUUAAAUGUCCUGUGAAGGAUGAUACAGGGGGCUCCUCCCUGCACCAUGGGCAGACUUUGACCUGGAGGGCUCUGUGUGCAGGAGAUAAGGGCCAGGCACUGUCCUGCAGGUUUUGAAUUCUGUUCGUGUUGCAUCUGGGUCUCGUUCCCACCACUCAGGUGAGAUGGCUUUAACAAAACGUUAGCAGGGAGCUUCUGCUUCUCAAUGCAAACUGCAGUUGUGCUGCUGUACCUUAUGUCAGCCCUUCUGAGCAAAGCAAGCUGUCCUGGCAGCAGCAUUCCUUGGCUGUGUGUGGGUAAGGGCUCCUGCUGGCUGUGUUGAUCAGGUAUUGCAUCACUGCCUAGUUCUGGUGUGGUCGUGGCUGAAAUGCUGCACAGCAUGGCUUGGUUUAUAGCCCAUCGUUUAAAGUGUGGAAGAUCUUACAAGAAAAGGCAGAGUUGCCAGUGUAAUGAGAACAGUCUUCUUAUUUAACAGAUAAGGAGUAGGGCAGUGUUGCUGAUUUGAAGACAAAAAGGCUGGUGAGGUUUUCUGGUUCUGAUGAUGUUGGCCAGGCCCUAUGAGAAAAAGGGAAAGCUAAGGAUGCUGGAGCAGAACAAUGGAUUUCUCUUUCUCUUUCAUGCAAGGGAUCAUGGGAAACACAAUUCAGCAACCACCUCAGCUCAUUGACUCAGCCAACAUCCGCCAGGAGGAUGCCUUUGAUGCCAGCAGUGACAUUGCUGAAGAUGGUGGACAGACACCAUAUGAAGCUGCCCUACAGCAAGGCUUUCAAUACCCAACACCCACGGCAGAGGAUCUGCCCCCCAUUGCUAAUGGCUACCCAGCCACCAUCAAUAUGUACGAACCUCAAGCCAAAUUCCAGACGUACAGUCAAUAUCCCAAUGGUUCUGCCAAUGGUUUUGGUACAGUUAGGAACUUUAGUCCCCCAGAAUAUUACCACAUGGAAAACUCGAAUGCGAGGCCGCAUGAAGUUCUGGAAAAGCCUUCCCCUCCACAGCCACCCCAACCAUCACCUUCAGUUUCCCAGACGGUGAUUCCAAAGAAGACUGGCUCACCAGAAAUCAAACUAAAAAUAACCAAAACUAUCCAGAACGGCAGGGAAUUGUUUGAGUCCUCUCUUUGUGGGGACCUUUUAAAUGAAGUACAAGCGAGUGAGUAUGCUAAGGCAAAACAUGAAGGGAGAAAAGAGAAAAGGAAAAAAAGUAGCAAGCAUGACUCUUCCCGAUCGGAAGAGCGCAAGUCGCACAAAAUUCCAAAAUUAGAACCAGAGGAACAAAAUAGACCAAAUGAGAGGCUUAGCAUGCUGUCUGAAAGGCCAAGAGAAGAUGCAGUGUUGGAGGAAGCCCCGGUGCAGCAGUUCUUGCCUUCUCUUCCAACACAAGUCAGCCAUGACAUCAAGUUUCAGGUUGGCGAUCUGGUUUGGUCCAAGGUGGGAACAUACCCAUGGUGGCCUUGCAUGGUUUCAUGUGAUCCACAGCUUGAUGUUCAUACCAAAAUCAAUACGAGAGGUGCCCGUGAAUACCAUGUUCAGUUUUUUAGCAACCAGCCAGAACGGGCGUGGGUGCACGAGAAGCGAGUUCGGGAGUACAAAGGACACAAACAAUAUGAGCAGUUAUUGGCAGAGGCUGCUAAGCAAGCCAGCAACCAUUCUGAGAAACAGAAGAUUCGCAAACCAAGGCCACAAAGAGAGCGUGCUCAGUGGGAUAUUGGUAUUGCCCACGCUGAGAAAGCAUUGAAAAUGACUCGGGAAGAAAGGAUAGAACAAUACACCUUCAUUUAUAUAGACAAAGAACCAGAGGAGGUUUUGUCAAAAGCCAAAAAGACGGCUGCUUCUAAAUCAGAGACCAAGAAGAACCGGCGUCCGAAGCCAGCAUUGAACACCCAGCCAGAGCAUGGCAAUGUGAUAACAGGAUCACCUUCCAGUGCAGAGCUGCGAAGGCAGAGCCAACGGAGGCAGUCGAGUGCGGAAGAGGAGGAGCCACCACCUGUGAAAAUUGCAUGGAAAACAGCUGCAGCUAGAAAAUCCUUACCAGCUUCGAUAACCAUGCACAACUUGGAUCUUCAAAAAUGUAACAUGUCUCCGGUUGUUAAAAUUGAACAGGUUUUUGCUCUUCAAAAUGCUGCUGGGGAUGGAAAGCUCAUCGAUCAGUUUGUUUAUUCCACUAAGGGAGUUGGUAACAAAGCAGAAAUAAGUGUCAAAGGACAAGAGAAGCUUAAUUCUGCAUCCAAUCAGAGAAAUGAAAAAGCAACGUGCAAUGUGCAAAACGCAUCCUCUCCUGAAACAACUUCUGGAUCAGCAGGUUCUGUAGAAAAGAAGCAACAGAGAAGAUCGAUUCGAACCCGCUCAGAGUCUGAGAAAUCCACUGAAGUUGUGCCAAAGAAGAAGAUCAAAAAGGAGCAGGUUGAAAUGGUUCCACUGGCAGCAGUGAAGACAGGCCUGCAGAAAGGUGCCAGCGAGAUUUCAGAUUCUUGUAAACCUUUAAAGAAGAGGAGUCGAGCCUCAACUGAUGUAGAACUGACGAGCUCAGCUUACAGAGAUGCUUCUGACUCUGAUUCAAGAGGACUCAAUGAUUUACAGGGUAGUUUUGGAAAGCGUUCCGACAGCCCAUCAGCUGCUGUCGAUGCUGAUGCUUCUGAUGUGCAGUCAGUGGACUCCAGCUUAUCCAGGAGAGGAACUGGAACAAAUAAAAAAGACACUGUUUGUCAGAUCUGUGAGAGCUCUGGUGAGUCACUGGUGUCCUGUGAGGGCGAGUGCUGCAGCACCUUUCAUAUGGAGUGUCUGGGCCUGAAGGCAAUGCCAGAGGAGAAGUUCUUCUGCACGGAGUGUAAAAAUGGAGAACACACGUGCUUUUCUUGCAAACUUCCUGGCAAAGAUGUGAAGCGCUGCUCUGUCAGUGCAUGCGGUAAAUUCUACCACGAGGCGUGUGUGCGCAAGUUUGCCACAGCUCUGUUUGAGUCACGAGGCUUUCGGUGCCCUCAGCAUUGCUGCUCUGCCUGCUCCGUGGAUAAGGACAUCCAUAAAGCAAGCAAAGGUCGCAUGGUGAGAUGUUUCAGAUGUCCCAUUGCCUAUCACUCAGGAGAUGGCUGUAUUGCUGCAGGAAGCUUAUUUGUGUCAUCCCACAUUCUCAUCUGUAGUAACCAUUCCAAAAGGAAUCACUCCUCAUCAGCUGUAAAUGUAGGCUUUUGUUUCGUUUGUGCAAGAGGGCUGGUAGUGCAGGAUCAUUCAGACCCCCUGUUCAGUUCAUAUGCCUAUAAAUCCCACUACCUACUGAAUGAAUCAAAUCGUGCUGAGUUGAUGAAAUUACCUAUGAUUCCUCCUCCUUCGUCAGCUUCCAAAAAGAAAUGUGAGAAAGGUGGAAAACUGUUGUGCUGUGAAUCCUGCCCAGCUUCCUUUCACCCUGAGUGUCUCAACAUAGACAUGCCUGAAGGAUGUUGGAAUUGCAAUGACUGUAAAGCUGGCAAGAAGCUACGUUACAAGCAGAUUGUUUGGGUCAAGCUUGGAAAUUACAGGUGGUGGCCAGCAGAGAUCUGCAAUCCCAGGUCUGUGCCUCUCAACAUACAGGGCCUCAAACAUGAUAUCGGGGACUUCCCAGUAUUUUUCUUUGGUUCACAUGACUACUAUUGGGUACACCAGGGCAGAGUUUUCCCUUAUGUUGAAGGAGAUAAAAGCUUUGCUGAGGGGCAAACUAGUAUUAACAAGACCUUCAAGAAAGCACUCGAAGAAGCAGCAAAGCGCUUCCAAGAGCUGAAAGCACAAAGAGAAAGCAAAGAAGCAUUGGAAAUUGAAAGGAAUUCAAGGAAACCUCCACCAUAUAAACACAUUAAAUCCAACAAGGUAAUAGGGAAGGUUCAGAUUCAGGUGGCUGAUCUGUCAGAAAUCCCUCGCUGUAACUGCAAGCCAUCUGAUGAGAACCCCUGUGGUCUGGAGUCAGAGUGUCUGAACAGGAUGCUGCAGUAUGAGUGCCACCCCCAGGUGUGCCCAGCAGGAGAGCGAUGUCAGAACCAGUGCUUCACCAAAAGGCUCUACCCUGAUGCUGAAAUCAUCAAAACUGAUCGACGUGGAUGGGGUCUCAGGACAAAAAGGAACAUUAAAAAGGGUGAAUUUGUGAAUGAAUACGUUGGUGAGCUAAUUGAUGAAGAAGAGUGCAGACUGCGAAUUAAACGUGCCCAUGAAAACAGUGUAACCAAUUUUUAUAUGUUAACAGUUACGAAGGAUCGGAUAAUAGAUGCUGGUCCAAAGGGGAAUUAUUCUCGCUUUAUGAACCACAGUUGUAAUCCAAACUGUGAAACACAGAAAUGGACGGUGAAUGGUGACAUCAGAGUUGGGCUGUUUGCUCUUUGUGACAUUCCUGCAGGAAUGGAGUUAACAUUUAAUUAUAAUUUGGAUUGCCUUGGGAAUGGUAGGACUGAGUGUCACUGUGGAGCAGAAAACUGCAGUGGUUUCCUAGGAGUGCGUCCAAAGACAGCAUUUGCAACAGCAAAUGAAGAGAAGGUGAAGAAUGCAAAACUAAAGCAGAAGAAGCGGAAAAUAAAAACAGAACAGAAGCAGAUGCACGAAGACAACUGUUUCCAGUGUGGAGAUGGGGGAGAACUUGUCAUGUGUGAUAAAAAGGACUGUCCCAAAGCUUACCACCUCCUAUGCCUUAACCUGACUCAACCACCUUUUGGAAAGUGGGAAUGUCCGUGGCAUCAGUGUGACAUCUGUAGCAAUCCUGCAGUUUCGUUCUGUGAGUUCUGCCCUCAUUCUUUCUGUAAGGAUCACGAGAAAGGAGCCCUGGUGGCAUCGGCACUGGACGGCCGUCUCUGCUGCUCCACACACGACCCCAAAUCUCCCGUGGCACCUGAGUACUGGAACAAGAUAAAAUGCAAAUUGGAACCUCAGAAUCCUGUAGAAGAAGCAAAGGAGUGAAUUUUUGUUUAAAAACAAAAAAAACCAACAAGGGAGGGAAGAAGAAGAGGGGCAAAUAGGCGAUGCUUGAAGAGACUGCUAUGACACAUUCAAUCUGUAUCAUCGGCGCUGUCUUGUGUGAACUGGGAGUGGGACCACUUACCCUUAACCAAGCAGAAGCAGGCAGUGGUGUUUGUUUUUUAUUGUUUGGUCUUUUACCCUUGAAUGUGCUACAAGCAGCUCUUUCUGUUGGAAAACAAACGUCUCGGCCUUCUAAAGCAAACAGUAGACCUUUUGACAGUGAAACGAAUAUUCUGUUUAAAGAUGUUCAAGUGUAGAAAACAAAGCAUAGCAACAUAUUUAUUUAUUUAAUUUUUAAAGGAUGUUGAAGAUCUGGUUUGGAUCAGUCAGCGUGUCUUUAAAAAAAACAAAAAAAAA